AUGACCGCCACUCGCUCCUGGUCUCGAUGCAGAGUCCCUGAGAAGGUGAAUGAAUUGGAAUCUCAACUGGAAGAAGACAGCGACGUUUGUUCCUAUGCCUGCAUCAAAUACCCAGAGAAAGAGCUCAAUCACUUCGUCAACAAGGUUGGCCCGAGCCGGCUAAACGAGGAGAACAUGAAGCACUUUAAAACUGCGUGGACGAAGGUGCCCCGCCAUGCCGGGGAUGCCAGGAUCACCCAUCCCGGCAUCCCCAAUGGGUCAACGGGGCCGGCGGUUCGCACGAGGCGAACAAUCCUCCCUUGCCCACAGAGAUCUGAUGCCGAGGCCGGCCAGCCCCUCUGGCCUGGCAAACCGAUAUUCGAUGGUUCCGCACGCCUUCCCAGCCGCGAUUCCCCUUGGGGGGGGGGGGGGGGGGGGGGCGGUCGGGCGCGCCAAAAGACACGGCCCCCAGCCGCGCUCGGCGAUUAG